AGUAGUAUAAUUUUAUUUAACUUUUUUAUAAUGAUAACGUGUCACUCAAAUAUUUCUUACUUUCAGAACCUUGGUUUAUCUACUUCUUUCAAAUAAUGGCGGCUUUGCUUGUGGUGCAUCUAGCACUCGACGUAGCGUACUUCACAACUAACUGGUUUUCAGCAAGGGACACUAAGUGCGGUGUAAAUGUAACCUCAUCUGCAAGGGCUACGAAUAAUGAACGCCCGCAAAGUGUUCACAAACCGUGUCUACAAACUUCGGAUAAUGAAACAACUGUAAUGCCGAAUGUUGUAACUGAUAAGCCGGUAGCACUUCGAGUGCACGACACAGUACCCAGCCGUGUAAAGGACGCGGCUGCGAAAAUAGCUGUUGUAAGGAGCCCGCACGCUCCACGAAACAGAUACCCGCAGAAGGCCAAGUAAAGCUGCAGUAGAAAACAACGCGAAAAGUUGCAGCGUUUAGAUUUAUGGAAACUUUGAGCUUUAGACGCUCAGUUUCCUUUUAUUCGUUUAGAGAAUACAAAAAAAAAAACUUAGAAAAUAAUUUAAUCAUUCUAAAUGUAUUUCGAUAGUAGGUAAUGAGAAUGAUUCAUUAUUAAAUGAUGU